CGUGCGUGAAAGGUCUCGUAUCGGUGCCAGAAGCAAUAGUAGAUAACGUCCUUAUUAUUAUUUCCCCUUUGUUUGAGAACCCUAAUCCCGUUAAAGUCGUAAAAAACCAGAGCUCUUCUCCUUCUCUCUCGAUUCUCUCAGUCCAAGGGGCUGCAAAUUUUCGGUUUCUUUCGACAGAUUUAGGGUUAUUGUCUGAAAUGGCAUCGGUGUCUAGUCAGCCACAGUUCCGAUACACUCAACCACCGUCAAAGGUGCUUCAUUUGAGAAAUUUGCCAUGGGAGUGCACAGAGGAGGAACUGAUUGAACUUGGGAAGCCGUUUGGUAAAGUUGUGAACACAAAAUGCAAUGUUGGGGCAAAUCGAAACCAAGCUUUUAUUGAAUUUGCAGAUUUAAAUCAAGCCAUUGCGAUGAUAUCAUACUAUGCCUCAUCAUCUGAGCCUGCUCAAGUUCGAGGGAAAACUGUAUAUCUACAAUAUUCAAAUAGGCAAGAAAUAGUGAAUAACAAAACUGCUGCAGAUGUUCCGGGGAAUGUAUUGUUGGUAACCAUUGAGGGUGCAGAUGCACGCCUUGUCAGCAUUGAUGUCUUGCACUUGGUUUUUUCAGCCUUUGGAUAUGUGCAUAAGAUUACUACUUUUGAGAAGACAGCAGGAUUCCAGGCACUGGUGCAAUUCACAGAUGCAGAGACUGCCACCUCUGCAAAGGAUGCUUUGGAUGGAAGAAGCAUACCUAGCUAUCUGUUGCCUGAGCAUAUGGGACCAUGUACCCUUAGGAUCACAUAUUCUGGACACUCAGAUUUAAGUGUAAAAUUUCAAAGCCACAGGAGCAGAGACUAUACUAAUCCUUACCUUCCUGUUGCUCCAUCAGCUGUGGAGGGAAGUGGACAGGCUAUGGUUGGUUUGGAUGGGAAAAGACUGGAGACUGAGAGUAAUGUUCUUCUUGCAUCUAUUGAGAACAUGCAAUAUGCUGUAACGUUGGAUGUCUUGCACAUGGUUUUCUCUGCUUUUGGGCCUGUCCAAAAAAUUGCAAUGUUUGAUAAGAAUGGCGGAUUACAGGCUCUGAUUCAAUAUCCAGAUACUCAGACAGCUGUUGUGGCCAAGGAAGCCUUGGAAGGACACUGCAUAUAUGAUGGAGGUUUUUGCAAGCUUCACAUCUCCUAUUCACGCCAUACUGAUCUUAGUAUAAAGGUGAAUAAUGAUAGGAGCCGAGAUUAUACCAUUCCUAAUACUCCUGUUGUGAAUGCGCAACCCUCAAUUUUAGGGCAACAAUCUGUUCCCAUGAUGGGCCAUCCUGCUCAACCAUACAACGGGUCUCAGGCUGGAUGGGGGACAGGUCCACCAGCAGUAGGUCAGUCCAUGCCAAUGCAGAUGCAUAAUAAUAUUUACAUGCCACCUGGAACUAUGCCACAACAAAUGGCCCCUGGAAUGCAAUUUCCAAGUCACAACACUCAACAACCUACAACAACAUUGCCUACAUAUGGAUCUGAUCGUACUCAAUAGCAUGCAUCUCCUUUCUCUCAAAUAGAUCUACAUUGGUUGAUACAGUCAGCUGCUUUCGACUGUCAUUAAAUUAGGUUUCCUGUCUGACUAAGGCCUCCAUUCUUCAAAUGGGCCACUUCUCUCAUCUUUCCCUUCUGUUAUUUUUAUAUGUUGAAUAUUGAAUAUGAAAGUCAACUUUUGAGUGUCUCAAAUUUGAAACAAGUUAUUCUGUUUUAAUUGA